AACGAGGCUGCUCCUGUACCAAGCUCAUUCAUGGCCAAAUAUGAUAGAGGAGCUGAGCUUAAAGCUUUCCACGAAACUAAAGCUGGUGUCAAAGGACUUGUCGAUGCUGGCAUCACUGAGAUUCCACGUAUUUUUCAUCAUCCUUGGUCUGAUGAUCAUUACACCAAGAACAGUAGUUCAGUUUCAGGAGAAACUACUGUACCGAUCAGUAUUCCAGUUAUAGACCUUGAAGGUCUUGACAAAGACGAUGUUCGACGAAAGAAGAUUGUUGAGAAGAUAGGAAAAGCUUCAGAGAGUAGUGGCUUCUUCCAAAUUAUCAACCAUGGAAUCCCUGAAAGUGUUUUGGAGGAGAUGAAAGAAGGUGUUCGACGAUUUUUCGACCAAGAAACUGAGGUGAAGAAAGAGCUUUAUACUCGAGACUACUCGAAUCCACAAAAAUUUCAACAACAAAAAAAUAAUAAUAAAAAAAAAAUACUUAAAAUGACUGAAAAACCCUCACAAAAAUUCACAUAAAUGCAUAAUAAACAACUACUGAAUUAAAAUUUUCUUACAAAAAUGUUUACCAAAAUAAUAAUAAUAAUAAUAAAAAUAAAAAAAAUACAGAAAUUCCCUCACAAAAAUGCCCAUAUAAAAUAAAUAAACUUAUACAAAAAAAUAUGAGAUACAGAAGCAAUAUUUUGAUAUAUAUGGGAAAACAAAACCCAUAAAAAAGGAAAACAACAAAAAAAACCAUAAAAAAUGCACACACAAAAAAAAGCAAUAUAUAUCAAAUUUUAUUAAAUUUUCCCAUAUUCCAUGUAAAUUCCUCAUUUGUAUUUGUAGUGUGACGCCAAAUUAAUUAAUCGGGUCCGUCACGAAAUUAUAUUCUUUAAACAUUAAUCCCUUAACCGGCUUAUGUACCAGCUAACUUUUUCUUCUUCUUUUUUACUAACAAUUUAAUAUACUUAUUA